UUGCAAAUAAACAAUUCUAAAUGCUUUUGAUAUUAUGGAACAAAUUAUUAUCUGAGGCUGGAACCCUAUUAUGUUUGAAUAUGUAAUGAGCCCUCAGAUUACCAAAAGUUGACUGUAUAUUAUCGUCUAUGAUUUUGUCAGAAAUAUUUUAUCCCCUGCCUUAAGCCUAGCUCCCAGCCAACUUCUUCACCAGGCCAAGCUAGCCUGCAUUUGCAGCAAGCGGCCGCGGCCAGGAGAAACUUUGGAGAGCCAUCCCCACAAGGCAGUGGAGGGUCCGCCCAGAGAUAGAUUUUAGGGAGGGAGAGGAGGAGAUGAAGUAGUGCAGAACUCCUCUACAGGCUGAUAACUUAGUUCAAGUUAGACCCUCCCAGACUUAUAAGUGUUUGUUAGUCAGUCAGUCCUUAAUAUACUG